GAUGUACAUUCAGUAGAAGUCAGUGCAUUUCGAUGCGUUUUCCAAAUGUCAUUUGUUCUUCCUGGUUUAAUAUACUAUGAGAUUCCUUGGCUCUAGUGCGAUGAUUCUUCUCUACUACGCUUUCCAAGUAAUGCCUCUGGCUGAUGCCACUGUUAUAACUUUCAGCAGUCCAGUUUUUACAUCGUUAUUAGCCUGGAUAUUUCUCAAGGAAAAAUACAGUCUUUGGGAUCUUCUUUUCACCUUCUUCACAAUCACUGGAGUGGUGCUUAUUGCUAGACCACCCUUUCUGUUUGGAUCCAUUGUUACAGGGAUAGAAGGCAGCUAUACAAAUCAUCUUAAAGGGACAAUAGCAGCUGUUACAAGUGCAGUGUCUGCAGCUUCGACUUUCGUUAUACUAAGAAAGAUGGGAAAAUCGGUGCACUAUUUUUUGUCUAUCUGGUAUUAUGCAGUAAUUGGAUUAAUUGAAUGCAUUAUAGCACUGUCUAUAAUAGACGAAUGGAGCUUACCACAUUGUGGUACAGACAGACUUCUUCUAAUAUUAAUUGGAAUUUUAGGGUUGGGGGGUCAAAUAUUUCUCACAAAAGCAUUGCAGAUAGAGAAAGCUGGUCCUGUUGCCAUAAUGAAAACAAUGGAUGUGGUGUUUGCUUUUAUUUUACAGAUUCUUUUCCUUAAUCAUAUACCAUCUUGGUGGACAGUGGGUGGUGCUCUUUGUGUAGUAGCUAGUAGCUCUGGAACUGCUGUUCGUAAGUGGCAACAAAAUUCAAAAAAAACUAAACAAAAUAAAGUCUAGCAAGCUAGACACUCAUUACAAGAACAGAGAUUAGCACUCUUGGGAAAUAUUUACCAUAAAAUAUUUAUUUUAUUUAUUUAAAAUAAUGUUUUUAACUAUAUAUUAUUGAGUUAUCCCCACGAUAAAGAGUGAGCUGACUUCUGUGGAGUACUGAAGAUGUUUUAAUUAGUUGGCUUUGUAUAUGCUUUUCUAUGGUGUAGAAUUAUAGAAAUUAAGGGCUGGAAGGGACCUCGAAAGAUCACGGAGU